AUGGGCGAAUCCAGACAGGAACUCAUCCAGUGGUUGAACCAGCUGCUGUCCCUCAACAUCACAAAGGUCGAGCAAUGCGGUACGGGCGCGGCGCUAUGCCAGGUGUUUGACAGCAUCUUCAUGGACAUUCCCAUGUCCAGGGUCAAGUUCAACGUCAACAGCGAGUAUGCAUACAUACAGAACUUCAAGGUGUUGCAAAACACCUUUGCCAGACAUCAGAUCGACAAGCCCAUCCCCGUCGAAGCCCUCGUCAAGUGCAAGAUGCAGGACAACCUCGAGUUCCUUCAAUGGACCAAGAGAUUUUGGGACCUGAACUUCCCCGACCACGACUACGAUGCCGUCGCCCGCCGAAAGGGCGCUCCCGUGUCCGGCGGUGGCGGUGCCGCCCCCCGCGCCGCUCCUGCUGCCGGUGCUGCCAGACGGGGAGGCACGACCCCCUCGGGCGGUCCCCGCGUGGCCAAGGCGGCCGGCCCCGGCACCGCCGCCCUGCAGCAGGAGAACGCCACCCUCAAGGAGACUGUCGUCGGCCUGGAGCGUGAGCGUGACUUCUACUUCAGCAAGCUCCGCGACAUUGAGCUUCUCGUGCAGCAAGCCGUCGAGGAGGACCCCGAGCUGGAAAAGCAGGAGGACGGUCUCGUCAAGCAGAUCCAAACGAUUUUGUACUCGACAGAGGAGGGCUUCGAGAUCCCCGCCGAGGGCGAGGCUGCCGACGAUCAGGAGACCUUUUAG